AGUCAAGCAUGGCAGUGAACAUCACCAAAGGACCAAAAUGUCAUGUUUGUUUUGAUGCGCGGUAUGCGGCGUGUUGAACAAUAACUUGCGAUUUUUCUGUGUGUGUUGUUUUCAAUACCGUUCGUUGACAAUUGUGAUUUGUUUGUGGUAAUAUGUUAUGAACGGUGCUAACUUACCACACAUCUAAAAUGAUUUGUGAUGAAUCGGAAAACCAGUUAGCAAGAAAGCAACAUAUUCGCUAUUUGCUUCGCCAUCUCGAUAUUCUGCCUUCACGGUUAGCAUAUCAUGAUGCUGCUAGACUGACAAUUUUGUUUUUUGCACUCUCCGGAUUGGACGUUUUAAACGCACUAGAUGAAUUGAGUGAGGAAAAAAAGAAACACAUAAUAAACUGGAUUUACAGCCUUCAGGUCGUACCGCAAGAGACAGACGACAAAGAAAGCUGGAAGCGAUGCGGUUUUCAGGGUUCGUCUACACUAAACUUUUCGCGCGACAGCAGCGAUUGCUCAGGGCCAUAUGUGUGUGGUCAUUUAGCAAUGACAUAUACAGGUCUUGCAGCACUUAUUAUUCUUGGUGACAAUUUGUCACAAGUGAAUAAGAAAGCAAUUAUUGCUGGUAUAAAGGCUUUGCAACAAGAGGAUGGUAGCUUUUGCGCAACACUUUCCGGCAGUGAAAGUGACAUGAGGUUUGUCUAUUGUGCUGCCUGCAUCUCUUACAUGCUAAAUGAUUGGUCUGGAAUGGAUGUAGAAAAAACUAUCUCAUACAUCUUAGAUAGUAUGUCAUAUGAUGGUGCAAUUGGCCAAGGGCCUGAUCUUGAAAGCCAUGGAGGAACUACAUUUUGUGCUGUUGCUGCCUUGGCUCUGAUGGGUGAGCUUGAUAGAAAAAUUAGUCCCGUUCAGCGUUCAAGAUUGAAGAAAUGGCUGCUGAUGCGUCAGGUGACAGGAUUUCAGGGGCGCCCAAAUAAACCCGAUGACACGUGUUAUUCUUUCUGGGUUGGAGCUUCAUUGAAGAUACUUGGGGUUUUUAAUAUGAUCUCAUACAAGCCUAACCGAUUCUACAUACUUUCUACACAAGACAGAAUUGUUGGCGGUUUUUCAAAAUGGAUUGACACAACUUCAGAUCCAAUGCACACUUACUUAGGUCUUUGUGGCCUUAGCCUUAUGGAUGAAGAGCUGCUAUUACCUGUUGAGCCCAGACUUAAUAUCACGCAGCGGGCAUUUGCUACACUUAAGAAGAUUCAUGAAGAGUGGUAGAAUGAGCAGCACAAAUUCUGCUUCAUUAUAUGUGUAUUAGCUGUGCUAGACACAAGGGUACCAAAGUCCAAGUGGUGUUCUUUUUGUAUGAUGAUUGGCAUACUGUAAUUUUUUCAUGAAAAGUGCUUGAAUUUUGAAUUCUAUGGUAAGUACUUUUAGUUUGUGCUCAUGGCUGAUGCCUGUUUUAAAUGAAGCAAUAGCAUUUGCAUCGUAUGUAAACACACAACUGCCUAAUUAUCCCUGAGAUAUUAUAUAGACCAAAUUUCAUGAAUUUAUAGGCUUUUGUGUCUCAGUUUAUUACUGAAGUCACUUGGAACCCAUUUGAACUGAGUCACAUCAGUGACUUCUAUUGCAAAAGACAAAUUUCUUUGAGACAUUUUUGUACUGUGAAAAGAAAAACUGUGUUUACUUCUUUUCCAAGAGCUGCUUUUAUGUUGUUCCUAUGGUGCUAUUUUCCCCCACAGAAAAAGUAGGCAUUGAAUUGAUCAACUGUGAGUUUCAUUUUAUGGUUGAAUUACAAUCUGUGAUUCCUUUAUAAUCCUAACAGCCAUGUUAGUUUGUAUAAUGAACGAAAAGAUUUAGUAGGCAUGUUACAAAAAUCUCUGUAUUCCAUUUAACUGAACAAAGAUUGUAAUUGGUAUUUAAUAGACACAAGAAAUUUUGAUUGGUUUUAAGCUAUGCAGACUAUUAUCAGUACUUGUAUAACAUGAUUUACAUCAGAACACUGCAUAGCUGUGUACAUAGAGCUAUUGCAGUCUCCCAUUGUAUUUUAGUAGAUACUUAUCUAGAUGAUGAAACUUGCUGAUAAACAGGCAUUUGAUUAUUCUGUGGUAUGACUUUUACAUGGGUAAUUACUUAAGCAGCAAUUUGAUCACUGUUUGGUAUUAGCAUCUGAUUAGUGUCCAUUUGUGGGAAUGAAAUAAUGUUUAUAAGCUUUAUGUAUUUUUUUCCUUUUUCCUCAUUUUUUUAAAGGAAGCUUUUUGUAAGCUAUGAGGACAAGAAAACUAAUUAGAUUCUGUCUGCUUCAGUUAGUCAGUAUGAUUCUCAUGAGGGUGCUGAGGAACUGAUAUAAAAGAUUUUCAUUCAUCAAAUGACACACUGUGGAUCAUGAGAGCCCAAAGCACAGACACAAAGUUUUGAGAAAAGAGAUGUUUGGAAAAUCAUAUUUAUAGACAAACCACCACUCUCUUAGGUCUGAACUGUUUUUUAACCAAGUCUCAACUUCUGUUAUUACCUAUGAAAAAAAUAAUGUGCCCAUUUUAUGGUAUGAAAUAUUAAUUAAUAUUUAGGAUUAUUUUUAUUGUUAAUGUUAAAGCUCAAAAUUUCCAUGUGGAGGGUAGUGACAAUAGUGUUGUUUGACAAUUGUAAAGUUUGUAAUUAAUGUGAAACUAGAAUUAGAACAUUUAGAACAGAUAAUGAAUGCACCAAUACAUAAUUAUGACCUGUUCCAACACUUCAUGUUCCUCAAUAUCAUCGUCAUCAUUAAGCACACUCUGUAGUGUGACAUUCAGUUAAAACUGCCACUAUUCCCCUGAUUACGAAAUGUUACUGCUAUGUACAUGAUGUAGACACUAAAUUGUGUGGGAAAUGCUAGAUGACACUUGAGUACUGCAGAGUAACAAAAUAAUGUGUUGUGCUUUGGACCUAUAUACAGAUGAAUAUCUGAGAAAUGGGUGAGACGUAUUUUUAUUAAUCUUCAUGUUCACAAUGUGGGUCUACUGAUAGAGAUAAAGCUGAUUCACCAUAAGAGCAAUAGAUGGCAGGAACAUGCCUACUUGCUAUAAUCUAAAAGUCAGUAACAGUGUGCUUUAGCCCCUUAUGGUUCUCAUUACUUCAGAUGUAAUGAGUUAUUGUGAUUAUGUGCAACAUUUGGUUUGGAAGUUUCAUUAGUUACUAUCCAGAUGCUAUUUCUUAUGUACAGUGUGACAGUAGGUGUUUAAGUUUAUGCACUAUCUUUACAAUGUAGUUGUAAGAAGUUCUGUAUACAUUACAUCUGGUCAAAGUUAUCAUUGUACAUAGCAUUUUCAGAAAUUAUUAUGCGACAUUAUUCAGUAAAGAAUAUUGUUCAUUAAUAACAUUAUUUUUGACAUUUAUAAGUGAAUCUUUCAAUCAAAUUAAAUGAUUGAUAUGCUACCUUCUUUUGCAAGUUACUGAGAAAAAGUAUUUACAUGUGUCACUUCUGCUAUGACUGCAGGGUUCCUAUUUGUUAGUAAUAGACUUGUCCUUUAUGUAUAGACCUAUCUUUAAAUCAAAACCUCACCUCUUUAUUUAACAGGUGCUCGUUGUCAUUUAUUGCAUGUUCCUCUUCAUGAAAUACAAAGCAGUGUAUCCCGUAUAAAUUCAGGAAGGAAAAUGGGUAACUGAAGGUUUUUUACAUGUUGUAUAAAGCAUUGUUUUGCUAUCUUUGUUGUGAGGAAGUUAACUGAUAAACAAAUUUUAAGAGCUGCCUUGGUGAUUAUUUUGCUUGGUGGUGAUAUACUAAAACGGUAAAAAGUGAUGAGUGAGUGGAUAAUUUACUGUGUAUGUCAAGGGACAAUAAGUAAUUUACACAUUGACUGGCUUCUGUUGAAGCAUUUUUGGUACACGCACAAUAACUUCAUUUCUUCUGCUGCUUUAAGAGCAUGUAACAUUAGUAAUUGAUGCUAAUACAUCUAUUCAAAAAAGAGGAAAGAAAUUAUUCCAGAACAGUAUUAUUUACAUUUGUGUAUAGCCUUUAAAGAUUUUUGUCUUUCAUAAUCAUUCUAAAAUGUUUUUUUUUAGUAUUUUGUGUUUUAUUGCUAAGGCUAUAUGAAUAGCUUAUAUUUAUUUGUGUACAAUUGGAGUCUUACGAGUAUACAUAUCUGAUUUUACUUCAUGUUUGCAUCAACAGGAAAAUUCAGUUGAGAAAACUGUAAAAUUACGAAGUUAAAUCAAGAAAACUUUUGAAAUUAUAAGGAGAUAGAAUAAAUACCUGACCAGAGUUUACCUUCAGAAGGUGAAGUUCAUGUACUCGCUGACAGGAAUAUAUCUCCUUGUAAUAUUAGAGUUACUGUGUUUAUGAAUGAAACUAUAGCACAAAGUGAAAGGUUCACAUAAAUAUAUUACUGUUAUCAAUAACAUACUAUUUUUAAAGUUUUUAUUAUAGGGACCUACAAAACUGCAUUGGUCAUUUGUAUAAGAAGAAAAAAGCAUAUUUUUGUCUAUUUUAUGAUUUAAGAGUAUUGUGUUGCAUAUGUAACAUUUUCAUGUGGGAUAAACUAUUACAUAGUGCAUAUCUGUGGUGAUAUGUAAAUACUAACCUUCCUUCCUUUUUUUCCCUUCACUAGGUUUGACCUCAUAACUUUAAUAGCCCUUUUCUUGUUGUGUAUUGGACCUGCACUUAGCUCACUUGAGUAGUGUGCAACAAGAAGUUAGAGGACACUUAUUUUUGGCGAGAGUUUGUUUUAAAGUGGUUUUUGUAAGCACCAGUGGGACAGAAACAAAAAUUCAAUGAAUGAAUGAUGAGUAUCAGUAAAAAAUCUUAUGGGUGAUCUGAGAUGUUACAACCAUCAGUACAUUAACUGUGCAAAAUGUACAACAAAUUUAUAAUCAUUGAAAUUAAACAUGCUUUAUGCUAAUAUACACUUAUGGACACUGUGCAAUCUCACCAAUAUACACAUUUUAAGUCAUGCUAGUUUCUCUACCUCUAUUAAAAAUUUAACUUUGCCAUUUACUCUCAGUUCUAAGGAAAUUCAUUUGACCUCUCUAUUGAGUAGUUGAACUGAAAGGUCCGUGUAAUGCCAAGAUUUGACAUUGAAGAGUUUACUUUAUAUGUGUAUGAAGCACCUACACCUUUUUGUGUAGAUGAUAGGGCAUAUUUUCAUAUUUGUUUCUGAUAUUGUACUUUGGACAUGCCAUACUGUUGGCAGCUGUGAUAGUUCCCCUCGGUGAGUGUCUCACAGUGCAUAACAAAUAAUGAUGACAGUCAUAAUUCUAAGUUUUCAAAAGAUGGGCUUAUGAAGAGGUUCAGAUGCCAUGUUGCAUAUUGUUCACACACCCACAUUUUAUAAUUGAAAACAUUGACUGCAGCUAUUCGGUAACCCCAUACAUAUACAGUGAUAAUUUAUCCAUUUUGCUGUCUGCUGAGCUCUGUGCCAGUAUGUAGUAUGAUAUUUUAUUAUUUUAAGAUAAUAAGAAUAGCUACACAAAGAUAGUUAUCUUUAUUCCUUUCAUUAUUUGUAUUCCAAGACUCUCCAGCAUCAUAUCUGUCUAUUACUUAUGUUAUUUUGGUUUGUUUGUCAUCUCUUGUGGUAAACCAGCAUUGUAUAAAAUUUGUAACUCAUAUGUGAUUUAAAACCAACAGUGGACAUACACAAAUAGCUUACCAUAAAAACUGAGCAAUGUAAUUCUACCAUGUUUGCACAGUUUCUCAUUUCUUCUGCUGAAUUAAAUAUGCCGUAAAGUAGAUGCAAAAUGUCGCUAUGAUGUCACCCAAUUUGAAAUAUUGUUGGCCACUGAAACUCAAAUGCUGUGGUUAUGUAAGUGAAGACUUUUAUCUUGUUAUUUAGUAACAAAUGUGGACCUUAUAUUAUAGAACUAGAAGUUCUGUAAUUUGGAAAAGUUUGGGGGAGUGAGGCUACUCAGAGAGUAUGAAAAAGCAGUUGCUGGUUGUCCACUCCUUUUCUCCUCCUAUGUACCUCUCAGUUUCCAACUUAGGUCCUGAACAGUCCUUUUCCUUAUUACAUAUGGUAAUGAAAUCUCCUUGGUAUAAAUAAUAAGAGUGUGUAAGUUAACUACUCAUCAUACUGUUGAGCAUUCAGUGCUCAAUAGGCACAUAAACAAAAUGGAAAACAUUUCUAAGCUUGUGGAUGAGUCCUCAUACAGAGAUGACUGAAAACACACACACACACACACACACACACACACACACACACACACACAGCACACCUGCAUUUGCAGUUUCUGGUUACAAUUUCAUAAGGGAGAUUCCUUAGGAAGACUUCAUCCGAUACCUUUAAUUAGAUUAAAAAAAAGUACACUUCCUUCCAUAUUUCAGUUUAGACACAACUUUCAUCAUCUGUAGUAACUGUAACAUAGAUUUCAGGUUUAAAAAGCAUGCAUGUAUAGUUUCAUACUUACAGAUAUGAAGUCCCUGAACAUUUGUAUAUGACACCAGAUGAUAGCCUGCUUCUCAAUGAACCCAAAUUCUGGUACACACCUCUGCUGCUAUCACAAUCUUUUUCUUUCUUCUGUUUUUUAUAACUGCAUUGUUUACUGGUAACUAAAUAUGCAUCAUGCCUGUAAUAGAACAUUAUAAUAUGCAUGCGAAGAAUUGUUCAGUAAUUUCAUUCAGAUUGUCGAGAAAAGGAGCCGCUCUAUUUAUGAACGGUGUGCAAAAGUACUUAAUGUCAGCAUGUCAUGGUAUGUGGUAUUCACAUUACAGACAAAAUAACUUUUUAUUUGAAAUUUAAAAAAGUGCCUUUUGUUCAACAAAAUGCAGACUUUUUUUCUGCCUUCAGUCAUCUGCACACCAACAUAUAUGUAUUUUCUUCCAAUCAGUCAAAAAGAUGAACAAAGCUAUUCAUAAUGGUAACAGUUUGUCUCCCAUCCCUUACUGUAAAUCAGAAACCUAAGUAUGAUAUGCCUACAUGUGAAAUUGAAACCGAAAAUAAAAUUAAAUAACCAUUAAAAAUGAGUCAUGUUUGUGGGAGCUAUUUCUUUCAUUUUUAUCUAUUUUAAAUUUACACUUUUGCAGUUAGAAAGAUACUCUUAAUCUGAAUAUGUAUUGCCAUUAGUAUAUUUCCAUAUGUACAUAUAAUACUCAAUUUUGGUAAUUAUUUUCAGUGCGUACACUAUCUGGCUAAUACCUUAGAUUACAAAAACUAUUGUCAAACUAUGGACUCGGGGCAACUACAUCAAAUUUUCAGUUUCCUAAUAAAAUUUUGCAUGAAUGUGAAUUACUACUAUUCAUGCUGUUAUCAAUUAAAGAACUCUGUGUGCCCUCAUUUACUUUGAGUUGGUUGGUACAACAGUUAAAAAGUGUGAGGUACUGAUAUAUGUAUAGAACACACAUUCAUUUAUUUCACAUGCCUGUUUGCCCUUCUUGUUUAUUUGUGGUCCGUAAUUUCUCUGGUGUUGAAUUUUAAUCUACAUAUGUGGAAUGCCACAUACAACCAUCGUAAGUAGAAUACCUAUUUCUUUCAACACACUGUUUGUAACAGACACACAUUCACAGUGUGCUGCAGUGCAGAUGACAUCCACAACAACCUGUCCAUGUAAUAGCAGGUGUGUGUCGUGAAAAUUUGUAUGUCUUGCUUUCCAAUAUGCUUGACCUAUUUAAUAUUGAAAUUGCCAGAACUUGUUUGUGUCCUGACUUCAGAUAUUCAGAAGAAUAAUGAGAGUGAUAUAUCAGAAGGAUUUUAGAUAAUAACUGGUAAUUAAAAAAGGAAUCACAGUUCUGACACUGCAAACCAAUCACCACAGAAAUGUUUCAAAGUAUCCCUGUCCCAGCCUGUUGUAAUUGUGGUGAACCUUUCAGUUACCAUUCAGCUGAUUAAGUUUUUGACUGAUGGCAAAUGAAUGUGCAAACAAGUUAAUAAAAUUGAGAAGUAUUGUAUUUAUGGGUUAAAUGUUUAAUUUAAUAGUUCACUUUAUCUGGUUGAUGUACCAAAUAAUGUUAUUUACUCUACCAGGAUCCAAAUACAGUUGGUUUCUUUGCCUUAAUUUUUUCUAUUUUAAUUUCAUUUCUUUCUUUUUGUGUUGUGCUGUCAUUAAAUUCACUGUCACAGUUUGAUGUAUGUCAAAUCAAAAUCACAUUUUAGUUUGUCACUUCACAAUAAUUAUUCUCUUAUAAGAUACAAUAUGUUUACUGUUGGAUCAACAUUAAAAAUGGUGUGUGUUACUGCCAAAAAAGGAAAAGGAGGAAGAAACAAAGAUCAGGGAAUAUCUUAAAUAGUUGAAGUUACACAAUUUGUAGUUUUGUUUCUGAGAAGUAAACUGAGGAUUCUUGUUCAAAAGGUUUUGUUCUCGUAUCAUUCAAAAUCAUGUGAGGUACGAUGAAGUGCAAGAUCAUUUACAUGAACUGUUUGUUACUGUACAUUUUUUUUCAAUUAUUAGUGUCACCAAAAUAGUAUUUCAAAUGAUGCAAAUAAGAUUUGUUUAAGAAAUUGUCUGUGGCCUCGAAUCACAGAACACCAAUAUAGCCAUAAUGAUUAUGAUCUAGAUAUUUUGUCAUUUACAGUAAUACUGAGAAGAAAAAUAAAUUUUAAUGUCAGCAAAUGACUGACUGGGGGUGCCUAUAUAACAUAUGCCUGGAGCUUAUAGUCAAAACACCAAAAUGUGAUGCUUCCAUAUAAUACUUGUAAUAUGAUUGUUAAUAUUGUUAUGUGAAAUCCAUAAAAUUUUACAAUUUGCCUUAUAUGAGAGCAAUUUUACACAUGAAUGAAACACCAUCAGCUGUAAGUCUUACCUGUAGAUCUUUUCUUCCUUUUGAAAGAUUUUGUACCAGAGAAUAAAAUGUAAUGUGUAUUCCGUUACUGA